AUGAAGCCUCCCCCUCUUCUGACCAUCCUUUGCCUCCUGGUGGCCCUGGCUGGCGGGAACCUGGUCCAGUUCGGGGUGAUGAUCGAGAGGGUCACAGGGAAGUCAGCGCUGCAGUACACGGACUACGGCUGCUACUGCGGCAUCGGCGGCUCCCACUGGCCCGUGGACGAGACAGACUGGUGCUGCCACGCCCAUGACUGCUGCUAUGGGCGUCUGGAGAAGCAGGGCUGCGAGCCCAAGCUGGAGAGGUACCUUUUCUCUGCCAACAGGCGCAGCGUCCUCUGUGCAGGCAGAACUGCCUGCCAGCGACAGACCUGCGAGUGUGACAAGACGGCUGCUCUCUGCUUUCGCCAAAACCUGGGCACCUACAACCGCAAAUAUGCCCACUACCCCAACAAGCUGUGCACGGGGCCCACCCCGCCCUGCUGA